CAAAUCUUUGGGUGUCCCACAAUUCGAUUCAACAUCGAUUCUUGGGGUCGCGAUUUGAUAAUAUAUUGAUUUUUUUCGAUUCAACGCGAUUCUCGAUUCAAAAACGAUAUUUUUCCGAAUCAAAACAAUUCUGUAUUCAUUCAAUGCAUAGGAUUUCAGCAAGAUCUACCCCAGUCUGCUGACAUGCUGGCAGAGUAGUAGAUUUAAAAAAAAAAAAAAGGCCUUUAUAAUUGUAAAGGACAAUGUUUUAUGAACUGAUUGUAAUAACCAAAAAUAUGACUUAUUUUAUCUUUGUGAAAAUAUUGGACACAGUGUGUUGUCAAGCUUACAAGAUGUGAUGCAAGUGUAAGCCACUGUGACACUAUUGUACUAUUUUUUUCAUUUUUUAUAAAUGUCUAAUGAUAAUGUAAAUGAGGGAUUUUUAAUCACUGAUAUGCUGAAAUUAUAACUAAUAUUGAUACUGUUGGUGAUAAUAUUUAUUUUUGUUUCACUACUUUUGGUUUGUUCCGUGUCGUAUUUGUGUCUCCUCUCAAUUGAUCUGUUUAUUGCAGUUGUAAUUGUUGCUGGGUCAGGUUUGGUUUUGGAAUUGGAUUGCAUUGAUAUGCUAUUGCUGUGUAGUGGUUUGUUAGAUUGAAAAAAUAAAAAAUACAAUUAAAAAAAAAAUCGAUUUAAGAAAAAAAUGAGAAUCGUUUCUGAAUCGCACAACGUACUCGAUUCAAUUCGUAUUCGAAUAAAUUUUUUCCCAAACCCCUUGUGGAUGGUUGAUAUAUUGCAGAUGUUGGUAUACGAUAGCAAGAAACUUAACCUGACUUGUUUUUGUUUUUAAAAGAACCUUAAAAAUAUUGUGAUUUUUCAUUUAAUAUGUUGAUUACGAUUAUUAUUAGAAUAAACUACAGUGCAACAAUUUCAGGCAAACAAACAAAACACACGUCUACAAAUGUAUUUGAUCAUCCAUCCAUCCAUUUCCUACCGCUUAUUCCCUUUGGGGUCACAAGGGGCGGGGGGCCUAUCUCAGCUACAAUCGGGCGGAAGGCAGCGUACACCCUGGACAAGUCGCCACCAUAUCGCAGACGUAUUUGAACAAUUUACCAAUAAAUAAUUAUGUACAAAAAUGGAAGGCGAUAAAUUCAUAUCCACGAGGAUAAACUGUUGUGUCAUUUUACUACACACCAUAGUUGUAUUCAGGUUAACAGUGCACGAAAACCGAUUGCUAUUCUGGGGGACGCAGACGAGGGCAUACAAAAUCUGCAAACAAUAAGCAAGUACAAACUAUAAUUACCACAUUUAAAAAAAAUGUACAAAACAAAAAAGCAGAUUUUAGUCGAAAAAACAGAGAAGCUAACUGAAAUAUAUCGGUCCAAUACCGAUAUCGUUUUUGAUAUCAAUGUAUUUGCGUGUUUCCGCCCACCAACAUGCGAGUUUUUAUCAAUGAAGACUUCAUCAUCCGGCAACAACUUACAAGACGGAGAUACUUGUGUCGUCAAACAUAAAAUGAGCACGUUUGCUUUAUGAACCUUGAAACCCUUGGCCCAGACCCUUGGAGUUGUGACUUUCAAAAUAAGUGCUCCUAUCUGGAAAUCAAUCAAAGAGAGGACUAGUUCUUGCUGUCCUUCUUGGGUUUGCUGUGAGUCUGCGUUCGGACGCCGCGUGUUAUUCGAACACCGAACACACAACGUAACCACGCACGAGAAGUGAGUGUUCCAGGUAGGUCCACUGUUGAGGACAAUGGCCCUAAGCGACGCCAGCCAUGAAGGACGCACUCCUGUCAGCGCCGACACCAACGCACCUUCAACACGCAGCAAGAAGCAGGAAGUUGUCUCAGCGGCUUCCUGUGGAGAAGACCUUCCUGUCCACAAAACCAACGGACUAAUCCAAAAUGGUGGAGUUGGCCAACACAACGGCCCCCACAGGACAUGUCCGCUCGCUCCCCCCACCAAAGGACAGCAACUUCCUGUGACGGUGUCCUUAAGCACGACCUCCAAGUGUGUCUGUCCGUCACACAUCUGCUGCCAGCAGUGUAACUUGUGCUGCCCCCUCCUGGCGACUCAUGCACCUGGUACGCCCAGCUGCUCAUUUUGUACUUACUCCCGCCGUGAUCUGCACCACCAUCAACACGUGCAGUGUCCACCACGUCCCGCUGGACUCACCCCCACUCGGCCUUUUCGAUUCCCAAAAAGUUAUUCUGAGCUGAUAGCUGAUUGGCCGGUGGUGGUUCUGGGCGUGUGCACACUUUUGAUUGUCGUGUGCGCGCUGGUCGGAGUUCUGGUUCCUGACCUGCCCGAUUUCUCGGACCCUCUUCUGGGUUUCGAGCCUCGAGGGACUCCUAUUGGUCAACGCUUGGUCACAUGGAACAACAUGGUGAAGAACACGGGAUACAAAGCAACACUCGCCAACUAUCCCUUUAAAUAUGCUGACCAGCAGGCCAAAAGUUUUGCUUGCAGUCACCAAGAAGCAAAGUGGAGUGAAGAUCAUGUGGAGCGAGAGAGACGACAAGCUCAGUGGGACUUUAGGAAAGACUUCUUCUGUGACGUGCCUGGUUCCAGCUACUCCAGGCUAGUCUUCUCAUCAGCCGAGGGCAAGAACCUGUGGAGUAUCCAGGCCAUCAAAUCCAUGUGCAACCUGGACAACACUCGGGUUCGCUCUCACCGCGACUAUUGGAGCUUAUGUCAGCGCACCAACGACGCUUCCUGUUGUCCCAGUUGGACUCUGGGUAAUUACAUCGCCGUCCUCGCCAACAGGUCCUCCUGCCAGAUGAUCACCGAGCGCGACGUGUCGCACACACUCAAGAUCCUGCGCUCGUGCGCCAAGUACUACCACAACGGCACUCUGGCGCCGGACUGCUGGGACGUGGCGCUGAAACGCAAAGAUCAGCUUAAGUGUGGCAAUGUGCCUCGCAAGUGCACCAAGUACAAUGCUGUCUACCAAAUACUGCACUUCCUGGUCGAUAAGGACUUCCUGAGCCCGAAGAGCAUGGAAGCACCUGUGCUCAGGUACAGCAUGCUCUUCUCGCCCACGGAGAAAGGAGAGUCUAUGAUGGACAUUUAUCUGGACAACUUUGAGAAAUGGAACUCUUCAGACGGCAUCACUACAGUGACCGGCAUAGAGUUUGGCAUCAAACACGAGCUCUUCCAGGACUACCUUUUGACGGACACGGUGUACCCGGCAAUCGCCAUGGCGAUCGUCCUUCUGGUCAUGUGUCUGUACACGCGCUCCGUCUUCAUCACCCUGAUGACCAUCAUCGCCAUCAUCAGCUCCCUCAUAGUGUCCUACUUCCUUUACCGCCUGGUGUUCAACUUCCACUUCUUUCCCUUCAUGAACCUGACGGCGCUCAUCAUCCUGGUGGGGAUUGGAGCAGAUGACGCUUUUGUGCUUUGCGACGUGUGGAAUUACACUAAAGUGGACAAGCCCAACGCUGAGCUGGCAGAGACAGUCAGUGUGACUCUGCAGCACGCCGCCUCGUCCAUGUUUGUCACCAGCUUUACCACUGCCGCUGCCUUCUACGUCAACUAUGUCAGUAACAUCACUGCCAUCCGCUGCUUCGGCAUCUACGCAGGGACGGCUAUCUUAGUCAACUACAUCCUCAUGGUGACGUGGCUCCCGGCGGUGGUGGUGCUGCACGAGCGCUACCUGCCAAAUGUGCUGCCUUGCCCAAAGCCCUCGCGCCAGCGCGGGGGUUUUUGCAUCCAGAUGUUUCUGGCGGGACUUUGCCAGAAGGCCAACACUUUUCUGUUUAGAGUCUCUGAAGCCUCUAGAAUCUUCUUUGAGAAAGUUCUCCCCUGCCUUGUCAUCAAGCUGCGCUACCUGUGGCUCCUUUGGUUCUUCGGUCUCGCGGUGGGCGGCGCCUACGUGGUUUGCGUCAAUCCCAAGAUGAAGCUCCCGUCGUUGGAGCUGGCGGAGUUCCAAGUGUUUCGUUCCUCACACCCUUUCGAGCGCUACGAUGCUGAGUACAAAAAAGUUUUCAUGUUCGAAAGAGUGCAUCAUGGAGAGGACCUGCAUAUGCCAAUCACCAUUAUCUGGGGCAUCAACAAUGUGGAUAACGGGGACCCCCUCAAUCCCAAAAACAAAGGCAAGUUGAUGUUGGACAGCAGUUUCAACAUUGCCAGCCCAGAUUCUCAGCUGUGGAUCCUCAACUUCUGCCAGAAGCUUCGAAACCAGACUUUUAUUUUUCAGUCAGACGAGCAAGACUUCACCAGCUGCUUCAUGGAGACCUUCAAACAGUGGAUGGACAACCAAGACUGUGAGGAGGCUUCUGUGUUCCCGUGUUGCAGUCAGUCCGUGUUCCCCUACAAACAGGACGUGUUUGAGUUGUGCAUCAAGAGAGCCAUCAUGGAGUUGGACCGCAGCACCAACUACCACCUGGACAGCAAGACUCCUGGACCUCGCUUUGACAUCAACGACACCAUCAGGGCCAUCGUGCUGCAGUUCCACAGCACCUUCCUCUUCACGCUGGCCUACGACAACAUGCACCGCUUCUUCUACCAGGUGGACGCCUGGAUCAGCGAGGAGUUGCGUCACGCCCCGGCCGGCCUCAGUCACGGCUGGUUUGUCAGCAACUUGGACUUCUUCGACCUGCAGGACAGUCUGUCCGAUGGCACCUUGGUCGCCAUGGCACUGUCUGUGGGCGUGGCCUUUAGCGUGAUGCUGCUGACCACCUGGAAUGUCAUCAUCAGUCUGUACGCCAUCUUGUCCAUCGCCGGCACCAUCUUCGUCACCGUGGGCUCCUUGGUGCUCCUUGGCUGGGAGUUAAAUGUCUUGGAGUCGGUCACCAUUUCUGUGGCCGUGGGACUAGCAGUGGACUUCGCCGUCCAUUACGGUGUGGCCUACAGGCUGGCGCCGGAGUCAGAGCGCGAGGGAAAGGUGAUCUUCUCCCUGAGCCGAAUGGGCUCCGCCAUUGCCAUGGCCGCCCUCACCACCUUCAUCGCGGGCGCCAUGAUGAUGCCCUCCACCGUCCUGGCGUACACGCAGCUGGGCACCUUCAUGAUGCUCAUCAUGUGCAUCAGCUGGGCCUUCGCCACCUUCUUCUUUCAGUCUUUGUGUCGCUGCCUGGGACCUCAGGGCGCCUGGGGGCAGAUCCCGCUGCCCCCCAAGUGCCGGCCUUUCAACCGGGGCACCGAGGCGGGUGCCCGAGGGAAGUAUCGUCCGGACGUCGGUCUCGCGGCUGCACAAAAUUAUGAGCUGGCGCCGCUGGCGUCCAGUCGGAACGCUGAAGAGGAUGAAGAACUUUGGAAUAGAUUACGUUCCCAGCAGCAAAGUACUCCCGCUUGUGAUAGAUUACUUUCACAGCAACCAAGUAGCCACACUUGUAAUAGAUUACUGUCACAGCAGCAAAGUAUUCCAGCUUGUAACAGAUUACUUUCACAGCAGCCAAGUAGUCACACUUGUAAUAGAUUAAUUUCCCAGCAGCAAAGUAAUCCCAUUUAUGAUAGAUUGCUUUCACAGCAGCCAAGUAGUCACACUUGUGAUAGAUUACUUUCCCAGCAGCAAAGUUGUCUCACUUGUAAUAGAUUAUUUUCCCAGCAGCAAAAUAAUCCCAUUUAUGAUAGAUUGCUUUCACAGCAGCCAAGUAGUCACACUUGUAAUAGAAUACUUUCCCAGCAGCAAAGUACUCCCACUUGUAAUAGAUCUUCACAGCAGCAAUAUAUUCACACUUGUAAUAGAUCACUCUCAGAGCAGCAAUGUAGUCACACUUGUAAUAGAUUACUCCCAGAGCAGCAAAGUAGUCCCACUUGUAAUAGUUUACUCUCAGAGCAGAAUUGUAGUCACACUUGUAAUGAAUUAGUGUCAGAGCAGCAAAGUAGUCAGACUUUUAAUAGAUUACACUUAGAGCAGCAAAGUAGUCAGACUUGUAAUAGAUUACACUUAGAGCAGCAAAGUAGUCAGACGUAUAAUAGAUUACUGUCAGAGCAGCAAAAUAGUCAUACUUGUAAUAGAUUACUCUCAGAGCAGCAAAGUAGUCAGACUUGUAAUGGAUUACACUUAGAUCAGCAUAGUAGUCAGACUUGUAAUAAAUUACUGUCACAGCAGCAAAGUACUCCCACUCAGGUGAAGGAGAGCACCUGCUGGUCGGGUCCUGAACACCAGACCCGGCACACACACGAGGCAAACUGCUCAUGUGGGGAACGUCCUCCUCAGUGGACGCUCCUGGACUCAAACCCUCAACUGGUGCCAGAGGCAGGACAGCAUUGGACGAAGGAGAACUUUCGCACGGAAGAGCUCCUCCCACAUCCUCACGUGCACGGCUGUAGCCUGCCAGAAGGAGAGAUGCACCCCGAACAAGCACUCGCUGCAAACAUGGCAGCUGCCUCAGAACUUUUGAGCAACCACAAAGUCCAACCUUGUCAUGGUUUACGGUCCGAUCAGAUGCUCGAAAAUCCAAGGACUCCAACGAUGACUCGCGCACCUCAUUGUCACGGUAACACACACACACCAGCACAGGAGGACACACGCUGGGAAAGUGCCAAAGAAAGUAAAAGUGAAAGUGUGGACAAGCAAAACUUGCCAAAGACACGUUCCUGUUUGAAAGUGAACUCUGUUUCAGACUUGAAUUUGCCAAAGAGUGAAAGGAGUUUUUCUCCAGUUGUAAUAAAUAGUCGCUCUUCUCAGAGCUUAUGCUAAUACACAUCAUUCAUAGUAGUUCAUCACAAUAUUUAAUCAUAGUACACACUUAUUUCAUAAUAAUACACAUCAUAGUAUUUCAUCAUAAUACACAGUACUUCAUCUUAAUACACACAAUUUUUCAUCAUAAUACACAUAAGUAUUUCAUCCUAAUACACACAAUAUUUCAUCCUAAUACACACAAUAUUUCAUCAUAAUACACAAUGGUAUUUCAUCAUAAUACAUAUCAUGCAUAGUAUUUAAUCAAAAUAUACAUAUUUCAUCAUAAUACUUUAACAUAAUAUACAUAAUUCAUAGUAUUUCAUCUUAUUACAUCUUAUCUUAUUCAUAAUAUUUCAUCAUAAUACACAUCAUUCAUAGUGUGUCAUAAUACACCUUCAAAGUAUUUAAUCAUAAUAUACACAAUAUUUCAUCAAAAUACACAUCAUCCAUGGUAUUUCAUAAUACACAAAUUUCAUCAUAAUACACAUCCUUCAUAGUAUUUCAUCAUGAUAGACAUCAUAGUAUUUCAACAUAAUACACACAUUUCAUCAUAAUACACAUCCUUUGUAGUAUUUAAUCAUAAUAAUUAUUCAUAGUAUUUCAUCAUAAAACACAUAUUUCAUAGUAUUUCAUCAUAAUACACACCAUUCAUAAUACUUCAACAUAAUACACAUAAUUCAUAGUAUGUCAUCUGAUUACACAUUCAUAAUUCAUCAUAAUACACAUUCAUAGUGUUUAAUCAUAAUACACAUUAUUCAUAGUAUUUCAUCAUAAUACACCUCAUUCAUAGUAUUUCAUCAUAAUAUACACACCAUUUCAUCAUAAUACACAUCCUUCAUAGGGUGUCAUAAUAGACAUCAUUCACAAUACUUCAUCAUAAUACACUUCAUUCAUAGUAUUUCACCAUGAUACACAUCAUAAUAAAAUAAUUAAUACAUGAACUUACCGACUUCCGGUUGAGUGCAAAGUAAGCGUCACAAUAAAAACAUUCAAACAUGCACAUAACUUCCUGUUGAGUGCAAAGUGUCACAAUAAAAAACAUUAAGACAUGCACACACUGACUUCCUGUUUUGUGCAAAGUAGGCGUCACAAUAAAAUCGAUAACACAUGCACACGCUGACUUCCUGUUCAGUGCAAAGUAAGCAUCACGAUUAAAGCAAUUCACAUGUGCACACUGACUUCCCUGUUCACUGCAAAGUAGGUGUCAUAAUAAAAGCAUUAAAACCCAAAUAUACUGACUUCUUGCUGAAUACAAAGUAAGCGUCAUAAUAAAUGGCAUUAAAACAUGCACACACUGACUUCCAGUUCAGUGCAAAGUAGGUGUCAUAAUAAAGCAUUAAAACACCAAUAUACUGACUUCCUGUUUGGUGCAACGUAAGCCUCAUGAGCAUUCAAAUAUGCACAUUCUAACUUCCUGUUGAGUGCAAAGUAAGCGUCACAAUUAAAGCAUGCACACACUGACUUCCUGUUGGGUGCAAAGUAUGUGUCACAAUAAAAGUUUUAAAACAUA